AUGUAUUGUGAAAAAUGUCAGGAACUGGUUUGUCUAAAAUGUCUUUCUUCUAUACACAAAGUCCAUCCUGUUUGUGAGCUAAGUGAAAUCACUCCUCAGAAAGAACCAGACAUUAAAAACUUCAUAGACAGAACAGAAAAAAAUGACCUUGUACAAAUUGGAAAAUACAUCACCACUACCGAUACCCUGCUUAAAGACAACACCAGUACUUUUGAGAAGCUGUCACAAAUGUUAAAGAUGCAAACGGAUAAAUUAAAACAAGAGCUGGACAUGCUUACAGCACAGACACUCUCUCUUUACCACAAAAUGGAGGAGGAUAAUACCAAGCUGAUAAAGCAAUACAAACAGGACCUUGAGAUGUACGAGAAACAACUUAAACAACAAAUUCAAGAAUGUAAAGCAGCUCUCCAGCGUGGUUCACACAUACAGAUUUAUGAUACAUAUUGUGAGAUCCAUUCUCCUACAUACAGUCUCCCUGUAAAACCUGUCCUGGGUACUGCCAACUUCACUCCAAAUGAAAGUCCUCAAGAUCACUUGAAAAAAGCCUUGGGAAAAGUUAUCACCUCAGGUCAAGGUCAAACUUUAACUGACCAGGAUCAGUCAAUCACAACAUCUGAUGAUCUGGGACAACCCUCUACACAACAACAACAGUCAGGAGCAAAAGUGAAGAAAGCAGUGACAACAUACAAACUACUGCCACAGACCAAGGUAGUGGAGGAGUGGAGGUCUCCAUGUAACAUUGGUUCUAUAUGUCCCACCACUGAUGGUCAGGUGUGGACCAAUAAUGGUUCACAAUUAACUUUCCUGGACAUGAAGCAUAAAGUAAUACAGCAGGUCAAACACAAUACCUAUAUCAAUGAUAUCAGUCUGUCACCCACCACACACACACUAGGUGACAUCCCCAGUACAUAUAGACCAACACCACAAACAGGAGGUGGACCAUUUAAUCCCCGUGGUGGGGUGUAUGACUGUGUGGGGAACCUGAUUAUAGGGGACCUUAACGACAGGGUCCUACUCAUCAGUGGAGGUG